ACUCCCCUUGCCACAAUAGACAUCUGGGAUUCAGGGAGUCCGGCUGGGAAUGCCCGGGUGAAGACGACUGCUGGUACUCUCUUCAUAAACGCUAUUGGUCCGAGUCACAAGGCUUCAUGAACACGACCUACAUCCAACGCUGUAUGUGUCCGAUACCUGUAUCCUCCGAAUACCGACUCGAUGAGACGUCUGACUCAAUGGUUAAGGUCACGAUUUCGGACGGCACCACUCAAUUGACAACAGAUAUGAUGAAGACCAUUAUGCAUUUCUUCCGCCCACUUGUCAGUACGCGUACUCGUCUCAGGCGCUCAUGGGUGGAUUCCAAGGACGCGAAUGAAUAUCCGACUCACGUACCGAGUCUCUACAUUCGAGACGAUGUGACAGAAGAGCAGAGGGCCAGCAUUCUGUUCAUGUUUUAUCCGUUUGCUCUGUCUGAUCAACUAGCUCGAGAUCUCGCGUCAGAAAGGCUCAUCGGAGAGACGAUCGAACAAGUGCUCGGACGACAAUCCGAGUUCUGGACUUACCUCACAUCGACAGGAGUUCCGACUAUUAGUCGCGAUUGUAUACCACUUGCUGUCAUCCUCCGUGGUGAUGCCCAUAUGCAAGCUGACGACAUGAUAACCAUGCGCAAGCGCUUGACUCGAGCACUCCACGGAACGUUGACCUUGCUCGUCAUGCAACACUACGACAAUCAGCUCUGGGACCUUGACCGCGAACUGGCGAAGGCAGAUGCACGUAUACAGGUAGACGAAAAGUUCUACGUUUUCAGUGUGGUCUACAGCAGCCGGAUGUUCAUGGUCGAUAUCAACUUCCCGGUGCUUGAGCGGGACAAGUCGACGAAGCAGUACAAGUGGAGAUUCGUCAACGCAGAAGUGAUGUCCAAGGUUUGGGGACAACCUCCGGUACAUCUGCACGACCGAGUGGACAUUUUUCAGGCGCUAUUAUUUAUUGAACAGCAUACCUACUUGCUGAGCCGACAACUCAGACUCAGAGAAGAGUAUGUUGAUCCUGCAUGCGUUGUUGAACUACCGUAUACCGGAGCCGGAGCUUCCUUCUGAGGCUCCAUUGGCACUUCAUCGACAUAUAAAGGUAGCACGCAAACUAUCUGGGGUUCAGUUAUACUGUAAGGAUGCUAAGUAUUGUUUCCGGC